CUUGAUUCCUAGGUUGGAUUUUUCUCUCACCACAGCGGGGGCAGAUUGGAUUUUUCUCCCUCUUUCUUGUCGCCAAGUUUCUCCAACGCUACGUUGUAGCAAUUUGAGAGUCUAAAGGAUCAGCUUCCAGUGGAACCCAAAGACAAGGAAGAGCUUCUGACUGUGACUAGACUCCCAAUGGAUCCAUCAGACAUUAAUCCAACCCGGACUCAGGCUUGUCCUCAAAUGUUCGUUGAGGAAAAUUCCCAGGAAAUGCCAGCUGCCUCUCAACCCGUCUCUGAUGUGUUCAUACAGAACCUCAGUAACUUGACGCUCAACCCUAGUACCCGGGUGACAUCCAUUCACCCAGAAUAUCCACCUCAACCAACUGAACAGAGACCCGCCUUUCAAUCUGUCUCUGAUGUAUUCAUAAAGAACUUCAGCCAUUUGACUCUCGACCUGAAUACAAAAUUGCCAUCCAUUCAACCAGAAUAUCCAUCACAAGCAACUAGGGGGCGACUUGGGGAAGAUGUCAUCUAUAGGAAGAAAGGGGUGAGGAUGAUGCUGAGUGCUCGCAGACCAAGAGUGGAAUGGCUGAUUCGAUACACGGUUCGGCGAACCUCUGUCAACAUCUACAAGUGA